AUGAAACCUAUUAAAAUAAAAAAUAACGAAAAUGUAAAUCCAUUACCUUAAAGAUCUAAGAUAAAAAGAAUCAAUGUAUGAUAAUAAUUUUAGUGUAGAUUGCUAUAGAAUCAUUUGAGAAUCCUGCAUAAUUUAAUAUUUCUCCUUUAAGGUUGAAAGUAGAAAAUGAUGCAUAAGAAUAUCUAGAAGCAAUCAGUGCAUUUUAAACAAUUGAAUUAUAGAAUCCAAAAGUAAAAGAAAGAGCUAAAAGUGUUAGUAAUAAAUUAGAAAUUUAUAAUAGUGGAAGAUACGGAUUUUGGUGCAUGGUAAGAGCAAAGAUACAUUUAACCAAAUUAUAAUUAACAUCGAUAUCCUUAUAAAAAAUAAUAAAAGAGUUGUUAGUUUAAGAUUAGACAGUAAUCACCUAAAAUUUAAUAACAAAAUAAAAUAACUAAUAAGAUAAUUCAAUAUCCAUUGACAGGUUAUUUAGAAAGGAAUUAAAAUCAAUUAUUAUAAAGAGAUAGAUAUUUUAAAAUUAUUCAGAAUUUGACUGGAGAAACUCAUAGAAAAAAAACAAAAAAAAUAGUACCUAUUAGCACUCAAACUAGUAGAGCAUAAUCAUCAUUAUCAUUUUAACUUUGAAAGU